GGAGGGGCCGUUUGCGCCCACGCAGCGGGAGCCGCGGCGGGGCGCCACGGGCGGCGGAGCCGGAGCAGCGCCCCUGGCAGCGGCCACGGAGCGGCACCGCGGCCACACCCAGGGGCUGGGAGCUAGGACGCGGCUGCAGCGCGGGCCGCCGAGGGCCAGCAGGCGUGGAGGAGGGCGGAGAGCCGGAGCUCAGGCCACCGGUCCCGGGGGGCAAAGGCUGGGGGACCAGGCGGGCAGCCGCGGGGCAGGCGGCGCGUGGGGAGGCUGCAGAGCCGACCAGGUGCGGAGCAGGCACCAAGACGGCACACCAGGGCAGCCGUAGCCAUUCUGGUUCAAGGCGCCCAAGAGGUUUCCAGUUGCGUCCGGUCGGUGCCCGCGGGCCUCCACCGGUCAAUGGCGCGUGCCUCCCUGCUCGUCGCGUUCUCGCUGCUGGCGCUCGCAGCAGGCGACGACGAGAGCUGCAGCAGCGGCGCGGAGGAGGCCGCCCUCUUGCAGACGGGGAACAGCCAGGGCAAGAGCAUCGCGGCGCACGCUGCACGUGCAGGGUCUUCGUGUGCCCCGGCGCUCCCAGGCAAGAACAACGACGCAUCGAGCUGCGAGCAGCUCUGCGGCAGCACGGGCGGGUGCCAGGGGUGGACCUUCAUCCAGUCCAAGCAGACUCCCACGAAGCAGUGCUGGCUCAAGGAUGCGAACCUGUACUGCCCUGCCCAGGACAACACCGACCAGUACAACACGUACACCUCUGGCUUCUGCAAUGGCGCGUGCUCGAGCCCAGGCCCAACCCCGAGCCCCCCGAGUCCAGGGUAUGAGUGCGCCUCGCCGCUUUCCGGCAAGAACAACGGCGGCAGCAACAUGGGCAGCUCGCCUGGCUCCGGCUAUACGGGAGACGCAUCGAGCUGCGAGCAGCUCUGCGGCAGCACGGGCGGGUGCCAGGGGUGGACCUUCAUCCAGUCCAAGCAGACGUCCACGAAGCAGUGCUGGCUCAAGGAUGCGAACCUGUACUGCCCUGCCCAGGACAACACCGACCAGUACAACACGUACACCUCCGGCUACUGCCGCGGCGCGUGCAGGUGAACCCCGAGUCGUCGUGUGCAAGUGGCAUGCGGAAUGUUCUGAGCCGUCGGCCGUGAGAUUCUUGUGCGGAACUCGUCUUCUCUCUGCCUCUCGUCUCUUUUUCUUCUCCGUCUGCUUCUAAAGUCCUACCGCCCAUCCCUUUGGUUGCGUAGCUCUAGCAGCGCAGCUCCCGUGCGCAUACUUUUGAUUGGUUUAGAAAGCAGCUCGACUUAGUAGUGCCGUGCGCUAGUGCGUGGGCCCUUAGAGACCCUUUGGGUAGCUCUCGCGCUAGCGGGCGGCCGAUGUGAGCAUUGCCAUUGGCAGCGCGGUUCAGAAACAGACAAAAACAAAAAACGGCACACCAGGGCAGGAGCAGAUGGCGGAACAAGCAUGACAACUUGUGGGUUCCUAACAUCCCUGGGCGGACCCUAUCCUCGCGUGCCAGGGGGACGUGCCAUGCUCAGUGACGCGUGCCUCUGUGCCAUGUUCCGUUGCGCGUCCCCCUCGCACGUUCCGCGGCGCGUCCCGCGGCGCGCCCCCUUGGGACAUCGCGCGGCGCGUUUCCUAGCACGUCGCGGGCACGUCCGCUGGCACAUUCCGUGCCGCGUCUCCGUGGCACAUCGCGCGGCGCGUCCCCUGGCAAGGCCUGGCUCGUUUCGCGGCGCGGGACAGUGCAGGGCAGCACAACGCUGCCCAUGGCGCACAAAGUAUCACCUUGGCUCGAAGCCUUGUAGUGUUUCGCGUGGAUUCCUAUCCAUUGCCCCCUCC